GCUGGUUUAAAGAGCGUAUGCCGCACAAUGAGGGCUUCUGCAUAGUUUUUUUUAUUGGGAUUACUAUCGUCUUCUUGAGUAAAUAUGCCUGUCAGGAUACCCUCGAUUUCGGCGGCGCCGCUGUCUAGAGCUUUGUUGAACCCCGCGAGGCAGCGUGGGUUGAGGAGGCAUCCUACGAGGCUGUUUACGGCUACGGCGAGGGCGGCAGUUGUUAAGCCGUUUUUGCUUGCUGAUAUUGGAGAAGGUAUCAGAGAGUGUGAGAUCAUCCAAUGGUUCGUUGAGCCCGGAGCGCGGGUCGAGGAGUUCGACAAGAUCUGCGAAGUCCAGAGUGACAAAGCAUCUGUGGAAAUUCCAUCGCGGUUCUCAGGUGUGAUCAAGAAGCUCCACUAUGAUACUGGAGAGAUGGCAAAGGUGGGGAAGGCCCUCGUCGACAUCGAUGUGCCAGAAGAGGUCGCCGAGGCGGUGGAGCAGGCCGGGGCUGCACCACUAGGAGGUGAGGUAGGUGCAGAGAGUGUCAGGUCUGAGGGUCUGGCGAGCACCAUCAAGCCAGAUACUUCCUCAGCUCCACCACAGGAGACGAAGCCAGAAAGUGAGAAGCCAGUAGUGGCCAAGGGAAAGCACGCCACGCUCGCAACACCAGCAGUGAGGCAUCUCACCAAGGAGCUCAAAGUUGACAUCUCAGACGUCAACGGCUCCGGACGAGACGGACGCGUAACAAAGGACGACGUGUACCAAUUCGCCAAAGCCCGCGACGCAGGACAAGCAGCACCGGCACCCCAAGCAGCAGGCGCCGCACAACUCGCCCGCCCAGCACCAGAUCAUGGCCCACAGCAAGAAACACCAACGCAGCUCACCAACAUGCAAGCCCAGAUGUUCAAAGCCAUGACCGCCUCCCUCAAGAUCCCCCACUUCCUCUACGCCGACGAAAUCGACGUCUCCUCGCUCUUCCACCUCCGCCACCGUCUCAACAAAUCCCUCGCCAAGUCACCCCCGGCCGAUGCUCAAGUCACAAAACUCUCCAUCCUCCCUUUCCUCAUCAAAGCCAUGUCCCUCGCCAUCGGACGCUACCCCAUCCUCAACGCGCGCGUCGACGUUGGCGCGGACUCUAAGCCAUCCCUAGUUAUGCGCGCACAGCACAAUAUCGGCAUCGCCAUGGACACCCCCCAGGGCCUCCUCGUACCCGUAAUCAAGAACGCCAACGCCCUCUCCAUCCUCUCCAUCGCUUCUGAGCUGGCGCGCCUCCAAGCCCUCGCCAAAGCCGGUAAGCUCACCACUGCCGACCUAACAGGCGGCACUGUCACGCUGUCCAACAUCGGGAAUAUCGGCGGGACGUACGUGGCGCCUGUGAUUGUGGAGAAGGAGGUUGCGAUCUUGGGGAUUGGGAAGAGGAGGACGAUUCCGGCGUUUGGGGAGAGCGGGGAGGUGGUCAGGAAGGAGGUGAUGAAUUUUAGCUGGUCUGCGGAUCAUAGGGUUGUGGAUGGGGCGACGAUGGCGAAGGCGGCGGAGGUGGUGAGGGGAUUUGUGGAGGAGCCGGAUAUGAUGCUUGUGCAUCUGCAGUGAGAAGGUGAUUGGGUAUGAAAGGUGUUUAGCUGCAUUGGUAGGGAGGUUUUUGAUAUGAGAGAGGUGCAUCUGGAGCGAUGAGGGAAGGUUGGGAUAUGAGUGAUGGCAUCUGAUGGGAGAGAAGAGACUCAGCUUAUGAUGCAUCUGUACCUCAAAUGAGAGAGAGCAUUUUGGAUAUGAUAGACUCGAAAAAGCCUCGAUGAUGGCUCGAGGGGGUGGUUAGCUGCUGCAUAUGUGGUGUUCAGGAGGUAGAUUGUGAUAGAAACUGUCUGAUGUGCGCCACAAGAAUAAGUC